UAUGGGAGUUGCCGAUUUAUCUUGCGGUUUACUUUCAGUUGCACCAUCGAUUGUUUCAGCUGUUAUUGAAAGAUGGCCAUACGGAAUGAUUUGGUGUCAGGUAUCUGGAAUUAUCCAUUCGUCGAGUGUGACUACUUCAAUGUAUACAGUAGUUCUCGUCUCUUUGGAUAGAUAUUUCGCAAUUGUUCAUUCAAUAAAAUAUCGUCAAAUUGUUACUUUAAGAAGAAUAAGAAUAGCAAUAUUUGUAAUGUGGAUGCUCAAUUUAUGUGCCCUUGCCAAAUUCGAUAUUUUUGGUUUUAUGUACUAA